GACUACAGUGACUGACAGAUAUUAGGACCAAUCUAAUGAAGCUAAAACAGUCCAAUGUGUCCACAGGGCAGGCUUAGUUUCCAAAAUUAACUUUGUUAUUUGAUAUAUAAGGCCACUGGGAUCACCUGCUAUUCGACGGAGCAGCCUGACUAGUGGAGUUAAGACGCUGUUUUCAGAACCUUCGAGAUGUUUUCUCGCGCCUUUAUGCUUCUGGUGGUCGCGUGCAUCCAGCGCACGUGCCCGCACCACUCAGGACCGUUACAGGAGGAACUUCUCACAGAAGAAGACCAACGUUUUUGCAGAGGAGGGUUAGAGUUAAGUUAUCCAGACGUGGACAUUCGUUCCUGCAUGAUCAUCCCUCAGGAGUUCAGAGAGAAGAUCAGUCACGAAUGGGGACCUCCGCAGGUUCGGCUGGACACGGCUAAGACGCAGAAGAAAUACACGUUGAUGAUGGUGGACCCCGACGCCCCCAGCCGUACUAACCCCACUCGAGCCAACUGGAGGCACUGGUUGCUGGCUGAUAUUGAAGGACGCUCACUCAGAGCAGGAGACAUGAAAGGCACUGUGCUAUCUGAGUACACUCGUCCCACACCUCCUAAACAUUCUGGCUUUCACCGUUACCAGUUCCUUCUAUACGAGCAGCCCACAGGCCAGGUCGUGUGUCUCGGGCAACAGGAACAGCGCUCGCUGGGAAACUGGGAUCCGCAUGCGUUCGCGGAGAAGUUUGGACUUGUUGAUCCAGUCGCCUCGGUCCAGUUCCUUACUCAGAACUUUAAAGAUCAGAUGACGCCACACACCUGAAUCAUACCUUACACCUUAUGCAACUAUUCUACAAUCAGGGAAACUCGUUAAAACGGGGGAAAAAAACCCAAAUUGUAAUCGUUUUUCUCCCAGGUUUAACGUAAAGUAAUGUAUUUGCUUUACCUUACGUAUAGAAUAUUAAAAUAGAUAUUUUAAAUAGGGUUUCACUGCUCGAUGAACGAACAGAGCUGUAUUUUAGAGUAUCUGCCCUGCCAGUGGGAUUUUAAAACUGUACCUAACUGUAUCCUUAAAGGCAUGUUGACAAAA